UAACUAUAGCUAUACAUAAGGACCCCCUACUCUUCUAUAUAGCCACAAUAAUAUCAUAUCAUCACCAUCAAAGAAAUAAAUAAAAACAGAGUUCCACAACUACCACCCUUGUUCUUGAUUAAUUUGUUUUAAUUUUGUCCUCUAAUUUAAACAGCAUCAAUUUUUCUGAGAAUUGAUUCUAAAAGUAACACUCUAAUUCCCUCACCUUCUAUCCCUAUAUAGCUCCCUCAUAGACAUAUUAGUAUUACAAAUUGUUUCUCAUCAAAAUCUCACAAAGAAGUGAAGAACAACUACUUAUUAUUGUUGUUCCUUAAUUAAUUGUAGAAUUAGUUAGCUACUAGCUAGCUAGAAAUUAAAUAUGGAGAGGAACAAUUUGAGUAGUUCAUAUGAUCCUCAUCACAUAGUGAAGGAGUGUGAGAAGAAGAAGAAGGAUCAUGAUCAUUUAGGAGGUUCAUCAAGGAACAUGUCUUUCAAUCUGAGGAAUGUUUCAAAGCUCAUUCUUCCACCACUCGGAGUUUCUUCCAACAAUCAGAACCAUGUUGAAUCAAGAGCCUGGAUCAUAUCACCAAUGGAUUCAAGAUACAGGUGUUGGGAGAGUUUUAUGGUUGUUCUGGUAGCAUACUCUGCAUGGGUGUAUCCAUUUGAAGUAGCAUUCAUGCACUCAUCUCCAGAAUACAGGAGAAUCUACAUUGUUGACACUGUUGUUGACCUUUUCUUUGCCGUUGACAUUGUGUUGACCUUCUUCUUGGCCUACAUAGAUCGAACUACUCAUCUAUUAGUUCAGGACUCCACAAAGAUUGCACUCAGGUACUUGUCAACAUGGUUGGUAAUGGAUGUGGCAUCAACGAUCCCUUACGAGGCACUCUCUUGCUUGUUUACCGGCAAACACUAUGUCUCCCUCCCUUACUACCUCCUUGGCCUCCUCCGCUUUUGGCGUCUCCGCCGUGUCAAACAAUUCUUCACAAGGCUUGAGAAAGACAUAAGGUUCAGCUAUUUCUGGAUCCGAUGUGCUAGACUUCUCUCUGUAACAGUAUUUUCAGUUCAUUGUGGUGGGUGCUUGUAUUACAUGCUGGCUGAUAGGUACCCUCAUAAAGGGAAGACAUGGAUUGGAGCAGUAAAUCCAAACUUCAGAGAGACAAGCCUUUGGAUCAGAUACAUCUCAGCCAUGUAUUGGUCUAUCACCACCAUGUCCACCGUUGGCUAUGGCGAUCUCCACGCUGUUAACACUGUCGAAAUGAUCUUCAUCAUUUUCUACAUGCUCUUCAACCUCGGCCUAACUGCUUACUUGAUUGGUAACAUGACUAACCUUGUUGUCGAAGGAACUCGCCGUACCAUGGAAUUUAGAAAUAGCAUUGAAUCAGCAUCAAACUUUGUGUCCCGAAAUCGAUUGCCUCCGAGGUUAAAGGAGCAGAUCCUGGCUUACAUGUGUUUGAGAUUCAAAGCUGAGAGUUUGAAUCAGCAUCACCUCAUUGAGCAACUACCAAAAUCAAUUUGCCAGAGCAUCUGCCAGCAUUUGUUCUAUGAAACUGCAGCAAAAGCUUAUCUUUUCAAAGGUGUCUCAAAAGAAAUUCUCUUGUCCUUGGUUGCGAAAAUGAAGGCAGAGUACCUACCUCCUAGAGAGGAUGUUAUUAUGCAAAACGAAGCGCCAGAUGAUGUUUACAUCAUAGUUUCUGGGGAAGUAGAGUUCAUUGAUUGUGUAAUGGAGAAAGAGAGAGUCUUGGGGACUCUACAAACAGGGGACAUGUUUGGAGAAGUUGGUGCACUUUGCUGCAGACCUCAGAGCUUUACCUUUAGAACAAAGACUCUCACACAGCUUCUAAGGCUGAAAACUAGUACACUGAUUGAAACAAUGCAGGCAUUUCAAGCAGCUUAAGGAUCUUAGUAUCAGAGAUUUAAUGGUGGAGAGUGUGGAAGAAGAGGAUCCUGACAUGGCUGUGAACUUGUUGACUGUGGCCACCACAGGCAAUGCUGUUUUUCUUGAGGAGCUUCUAAGAGCAGGUUUGGAUCCUGACAUUGGAGACUCAGAAGGGAAAACCCCAUUGCACAUAGCAGCAUCAAAUGGGCAUGAAGAUUGUGUUAAAGUUUUACUUAAGCAUGCAUGUAACUUACAUUUGAGAGAUAUCAAUGGUAACACAGCACUAUGGGAUGCUAUAGCAUCAAAGCAUUACUCCAUAUUCAGAAUCCUCUACCAGCUUGCUGCUCUCUCCGAUCCACACACACCGGGUGAUCUCUUAUGCACAGCAGCAAAAAGAAAUGAUUUAGUAGUGAUGAAGGAGCUCUUAAAGCUAGGAUUGAACAUUAACUCCAAUGAUCACCAAGGAAUGUCAGCAAUCCAAAUUGCCAUGCAAGAAAACCAUGUGGACAUGGUUGAAUUGCUUGUCAUGAAUGGAGCAGAUGCCAAUGGUGUAUGUACUAAUGGAUUUUCUGCAUUAGCCUUAAAUGAAAUGCUGCGAAAGCGCGAAGUUGGUCAUCGAAUCAAUGUGAAUGAGGCCAUACCAUGUGAUUUUGUGUCAGAAGGGAAACACCAAGAAGAUCAAAAGAAGAAUAAGGGAAGUUCAAAUGGAUUCAACUGCCCAAGAAUAAGCAUAUAUAGAGGUCACCCUAUACAGAGAAGAGGAAAAGGUUCCAUGGAACCUGGGAAGUUAAUAAGGUUACCUGAUUCAUUAGAGGAUCUCAAAACUAUUGCAGGUAAAAAAUUUGGGUUUGAUGCAAAAGAUGCAAUGGUAACUGAUGAAGAAGGAGCUGAGAUAGACUGUAUUGAUGUCAUCAGAGAUAAUGAUAAGAUUUUUGUUGUUUUAUAGCCAAAUUAUGAUCAGAUAUAAAUUCAAAAUGUCAAGUGUAAAUAUUAUUAUCUAUUAUGUUAUGUAUUUCCUUUUUCUGUGAUUUUCAUUCUGUUGCCUUAUUCCUAUAGACAGACAUAAAGAAUCAGAAGAAAAAACAACAAAAGUCUUCUGGAUUUUCAAUUGUUGUUGUCUUUCGUAAUUCUUGUUCUUUGACUUCUGCUAACUGAAACAUCAUCAUCAAUUAAAGAGAUCAUUUUCUGGUCACAAUUUCUUUAA